GUUUUAAUGUGCUCGUUGCGCCUCGCGUAUUCUCGGCUUCAUCCUCAUCGCGGCAGGAGCGGUUGCGACCGUGAGCGACAGCACGCACAACACCAAGCCCAACUGGAUGGGAGGGGCACCGAAGGAGCCUCCAGAAAUGAGAAAGCUCGUGCAUCCGACGUCAUCCAGUGUUCUUAUUGAAAUCCAUGACCAGCCCCAGCCAGAAAUUGAGACCUCGUCGAGGUCGUCGGAUAGUGAUGACGAUUCGGAUGAUGAUGAAAAGAGCCUUCUUGACUACAACGGGACAGACGGCAUCAAGAUGGAAGAGCGACAUCUGCCGACAUGUUUGGCUGAGCAGCUAUGGUAUCCAUACCGCCAGCUUGUUAUGGUGUGUACUAGUUCCAUUCCUCUGGCGCUGGAGUACUUCCUCAUGCCUGUGGCAGUUUCCAGCGAGUACGUUUGUGGUGUUUGCCGUCACCAAUACAACCUUUGUUGGGGCAUGGUCAUUGUUUGCUUGGGUUGCGUCCCUCAUCACCAAACCUGGCCUAUUUGCAGUGGUCGUAGCAUGUGGCGUAUGUGCCGCACGCUUUGCCGCUCUCUUGAUUGCAUAUCCUGGUCAUCUCCGCGUUGUAACUCGGGACUGCGAGCGCAAUUUCGCCAAAAUGUGCAAGCGAUGGCUGGCAUUGACUGCUGAAACGACAGAGGAGCUUCUGAGCAUGCUGGAAACGACAGAGACGUGGGACCAGCCCCGCAUCGAGUCGCUCGUCACCAUUCGAAACGAAUAUCGAUCCUGCGUCACCAACAUCAUGACAAUCUUGGGGCGUUCGUUGGAGCUCGUCGAUGAAGACGAAACAUUAACUGCCGACGGGCAUCUCGUCCUUUCACGAGUCCGGGCUUUUCUACAUUAUGCCGAAGACUUGGAGCCGUCCAUGCUACAAGUAAUCUCUCGAAUUGGCACCGCGCCAUCCUUCCAAUCCCCUCCCCAUGCGACGCUCUUGACGGAGUUCAAGACAUGUGUGCACGACCUCCGAAGUGCCAUCGAAUAUAUGGGGGAACCAUCGACAACUCCGCCACGGACGGGUCUCUUGCGGUUGAUUAGCGAGCUAUGGCAGUCUCGGCAUCCACUUCAAAUCGUGGCCAACUUGAGCCUCAUGCGAGCCGACUUGGCUGCGCGAUUUAAUGGUCGGCAAGUGUGGGUCGUAGCGCCAGACGGCCACCGCAUCGAUGCCAUGUUCCUUCCAGGGCAUGGCAUGUCGAAUGAAUCCACCAACACUGGACGGACAGUCGUGCUGUGCAACCCAAAUUGUGGACUGUACGAAUUUCACCAUUUUCAAUCGGACUGGAUUCCGUUUUACACGAGUCGCGGCAUUAACGUUUGUGUAUUCAACUACCGAGGCUACGGUCGAUGUCGUGGAUAUCCGUCGCCGCACGUCAACAACAUGGACGGCAUGGCCAUGGUCCAUCAUUUACGAGUCGUGCGAGGCAUUGCACGACUGGCUGUGCAUGGCGAAUCCAUUGGGGGCUUGGUUGCAACGUAUGUGGCAAAGAAUGCGCCAGGGAUUGAAUUGUUAGUGGCUGACCGGACGUUUGCCAACUUGCCCGCAGUCGCCCAGCGGUUGGUCGCGUCGUGGGCAGGGACAGCGUUGUCGUGUGUGACGAGGUGGCAGACGGAUAACGUGGCCAACUAUUUGGACGCCCCUUGUCACAAAGUGAUUUGUUGUGAUCCGUGCGAUGAGAUCAUCGCGGACAGUUCGUCGCUAAAAGCUGGAAUUGCGCUGCGACUGGAGCUGGGUGACGCAAACGUGGAUUCGAUUCCACAUCGGCGGACACUGCCUUUGUGGAUGCAGCUGCCAUGCUCUUCCAUGCAUCGUGCUAGCACCGUUGAAGCGUCCGCUGUGGUCCCAUCAGGGACCACCUUGAGCGAAUCCACCGUUGAAGCCUUUGCUCUCGCCUUGGAACGCAUCGCCCAGCGGGCUCGACUAGUUAUGACAGCUGGCGACAGUGCAAUUAUUACUAAGGACGAGAAGCGUAUCGUCGAUGUCUGGAGUGCCAUUGCCUCCGUCGAUGGCCAUUGUGGCCAAUGCUUGUUUUACGCGUCAGGCGGCGGGUUGGAAACGAUUCGAGCUUGGAUGGCGUCGCUGUUAGUGUGGGGUCCAUCACGGUCGCAGUGCCAGAUCGCUCACCCCGAAACCAAGACGGAGCGCAGGCGGGACGACUUUGUCACGCCGAUCUCGCUCGAGCAAGCCCACUCGAUUCUGUUGCGAAUAUUGGGCGAAACUCCGUUUUUGCAGCAAGACGCAGACGUGACGACAGUUCUAUCGACCGUCCAGUUCUUGGAAGAGUCGAUGGCCGCCCGAGUGCUCCAGACAUCGCACGACAUCGGGCUCUUGGUCCCUCUCAACUGCGGCCACAAUGCCAACUUUAGCGACCGUGAAAAGGAAGCGUUUAUCACCCACUUGAUCAACGUCGGAUGGCUCGAUCCAGACGCCUACGCGCAAAUCCAUUAAUGUCGACACUGAUUGCCUUCAUGUGUACGUCGCCCGUUGUGUGCGUGCGCGACAGCCAUUGUUCAUGCGCGAUACAUCUGGAUGGAUGCUUUGGGCAUGGGUGCAUACAAGCUGCAAGCCCUUACACUGCGUCAGCGCUCUCGAGCGAUGCACUUGUUUCGUCAACUCCGCGCUCUGACCUUGACAAGUAGUCAUUGUACUGCUGCAGCGAACGCAUGGACCUUGCGAGUAAAAAUGCCAAAACCACCGACUCCAAAGAGCUUUGAAACUCAUCCUAGUUUUGCGCGUACACACUGCUAAACAAUCCUAAUACAUAUGCAGUUUACGCUCAGACAGCUACAAUGUGCA